CCGCCACGCCAUAUUGAAUUUUUCCUUUUGAAAGUUCAAUUGGAUUGCCUAAUUUGUUUUUGUUUAUUUUUGUUUUAUGGAUAGUGGCACAGCCCAUAGUGGAGACAGUGGAGUUAUUAUAAAUAAUUUGUUUAUUUACUUGUGUCCAAUUCUAAUUUUCUGUUGUGAAUAUUUCAGUUUAUUUUAUGGUAACGUUAACACCAGUAUUAGUGCGGCAUUCAAGAGGGUUCCAGCAUAUAAACAAACAAAUUGCAGCAUUUCAAAUGGAUAUUGCUGGUGAGAAGAAAGCUAUUUCGGGAGCCCCUAAUCUACAAAUUCUAAUUUUGCUGUGGUGUAGUGAAUGUAAACCACCCUUUGUACCUAUCGUGCUUGAUACCCAGUUUUUAGGAAUAGGAGAUCAAGGAUUACACCAUGGUUUCCAUGGAAGGCAGGACCUUUUUCUAGAGGAAGAAAUGGAAAAGAAGGAACCGUUUGAUUUAUUCCGAAAGUGGUUUCAGCAAGUCAAGGAAGACCCCAGAACAGUGGAACCUAACGCCAUGCACCUGUCCACCAGUUCAAAAGACGGUGCACCAUCCGGACGUUUAGUACUGUUGAAAGGAUUUGGGGAAGACGGCUUUAGAUUCUUUACUCAUUACACCAGCAGAAAAGGUCAAGAGUUGGAGGAAAAUCCCAGGGCUGCAAUUACAUUUAACUGGAUACAUUUCAGUAGACAAGUACGAAUUGAAGGCGAUAUAGAAAAAUUACCUGUCGAAACCGCUAAUGAGUAUUUCAAUAAAAGGCCAUAUCAAAGCCAAAUAGGUGCACUAUGCAGUGAUCAGAGUAAGCCAGUUGAGAGCAGAGAUAUACUGUUUCAAAAGGAGCAGCUUUUGAAAUUACAAUACAAAGAGGGACAAGUUCCCAGACCAGAGUUUUGGGGUGGUUAUCUGCUGAAGCCAAAAAUGAUCGAGUUUUGGCAAGGACGAAGUGAUCGCAUCCAUGACCGUAUCAGAUUUCGGUUUCCUGCAGCCAAUGAACCGGAUGGCGUGUUAACGAAACCAGGCGAUAAAGGAUGGAUUUAUGAAGAAUUAUACGCUUAGACUUGAGAAACGUCUCUCCUAUCAAAUAUUGCAUUUUUUUUUAAUCCUAAUGUUAUGUUGACAAUCAAAUUUUGACGAGGUGACAAAAAAAUGUUUUCAUUUAAAUCAAAUAAUGUCAGCAGAGCAUUUAGAAUUAUACUUAUGCACAGUACUAUAGACUUAAUUAUUGUUUCUGGCAACUCAGAAGGCCAAGUUUUCACUGGAUGGCUCCAGCUUGGUCCAUUAUAAACUACUCUAUGAAUAAAAUAUCUUAGAAUUUGGCAAAAACCAAUCGAAUUUUUUUAUUUUCUUUAUUUCAUUUUAAUUUUGAAAAAAAAAAUCUGUCACCCAAUGGCGUCUUUACUUUUCAAUCUAUGAGCCACCACUUUUAUAUGACUUAUAUCGGGAGGGUGCCCAGAUCGUUUUAUGAAUUAAUUAAUUAUCAAAUAAUUUUUUUUCACAGAUACUUAUAACCAAAUUUUGCAACUGCAUAACAAAAUUUUCUGAGAUCUUGCCAUAGGUCGUUCUGGUUCUGUUGUCGUAAAUAAUUCUGUCUGCACUGGUUACUUUCCGGUCGUAGUUUCAUUGAUCGAUUCCUCUGGUGCAAAUGUAUGGGUGCACCCAAAAUCAAAAGACUAGUGAGACCACUAAAAAACUUAGUUGUUAGCUACGACUAUACUUUCACGAUUUAGAAAAUUACUUACUUACCACUUACUUAUGGUUAUUUGUAUUUUAGACAAAAUAGAAAAAGAUGCUAAUGCUACCACAACAGGAUGCUUGAAAUAGAGGAGUAAAAAUUGAUAAUAGAAGAAAGAAAGGCUUGUGCCCUUGAGAAAAUUAGUGAAAAUCUAAUAAAACAAAACUUUGUUUUGAACUAAAUGACUUUUGUGCUUCAAUUUUUUUCAAAAACCCUACUGAUUCUGACAA